AUGGCUCACUUUCCACAGUUUGAUCCUUAUUAUCCCCCCCUGCAGUCACCACAGCAGCAUUUUCACCCAGUCCGGACGGUCAACGGCUACUGGCAUCCACAACUCCCGCGGUUUCCCUAUCCACAACCUGCCAUGAUGCCAUACUACGGUCCUCCGCCACAACAGCAGUACCGUCCGAUCCAGCAGCCAGACAAUCAACAGCCUCAUGAGCAGUUGUACUCUCCAGUCAAGACUACUACUACUACAGCAGAUGCGAACAAUGACGAUGAUAUAGUUUUUUUUUUGUUGCCCAUGGACUACCGUCCCUGUCCCAACACGGUCAUUAUUGUUGGCAACCAUAACAAUAAUAAUACGCAGAGCCAACAUGCCGGCAAUGUUCGUUUUCAACAGCUUGUCCAGAGAGAACUGGGCGCUUAUCGUGCUGCGGAAACCGAAAACAAGACCACUGUCAUUCGGCGUGUCUUGACAGAACUCCAGUACGCAUUCGUCCAGCAAGACGUGGCCACAUGCCGCUGGUAUCGCGUUCCAGACGCCGCACAACGAGAUCUUGUGGAACGGGUCUUUCAGAAUGCAAUCAAGGACGACACGGACAACAGCACUCUACUACAUCAUGUAGUUCAAGAACAGGAAACUGGUUGCGUCGAAGAACAGGAACAACAAGCAGAAACGGAACGCGGCGGUGGCGAUGAAACGUCAACAGACACGCAGGCGCCCAACAAGAGUCCCUCCAGAAUGACUACUAGCACGUCAUCAUCAGCUCCUGUGGAACUCACCAAGAAAGCUCCGCCAGCCAUGAAGAACAUGUGCGAUAACACCUUGGCCACGAGGGCAUUUACUCCUCUCGGCGGGAGUCAACCUACCAUCAUCACCCAAGAUGUGCCCUCCACCGUCACUGCUAGAAGUACAAACGAAACCAUCACCAAGGCGGAGGACAAAGCAGCAUCUGCUAUCAUCUCGCCAGAGGCUCCCAUUGUUGUCAUCAAGAAUAACCCGGCUUUGACCAAGGCGCAGCGGGCCAUCAAGAAUAUGUGCGAUGGAACUUCCGUGUCAGCAACAACAGCAGAGACACCCCGUGGACGCCGCACAAGCAAACCUGUCAUCCACUACACACCAGAGGAGUCCUACACCGUAACCGCUAGUGGUACCAAUGAAGACAACACCAAGGAGAAGGACAAAGCAGAGUCCACCAUCACCUCGCAGGCUCCAGUUGUAUCAAGGCUAACCCAACUUUGA